AUGAUUGCUCGUUGUCGUGCAAAGUGCUGGAUCAUUCAGCUUAAGGAAGAAAACCAGAACCUGCAAUUGUCAACUAAUCAACGAGGAAUUAAAGGACACAUAAUCAUCUAUCCUCAGCGCCUGGAAGGUAUUGCCGCCAUCUUGCCUCCAACAGUUGAUGACAUUGUCACUCCGAUCUGCAUCAUUUUUGUGGGUUCAUGUCCACCAUCUCGAGAAUGGCUUCAAGAAAAAGCCAAACCUUUGAUAGUGCGAAGAGAAAAAGUGUGUGCUGCAUUAGUUUGGUUGAAGAAACACAACCGAUUGUACAAGGACAUUACCAUUGAUCACGCCAUACUGGAUUCGAUGGAAGAGGAGACAUUGAUGCCCUUUCAUGUCGAUCAUAUUCUUCCUAACGAUGCGCGAGAAUCCUUGACUUCGAGAUACGAUGCAGAUGAAGUGAUGCAAUUGGAAGACUCACUUGAUUCGGAGUCACAUUCAGUUGAACCUCAGUCUAAUUUUGAGAGUGUGGUGGUUACUGAUGUCGAUGGUCAUGCCUCUGUGAAUGAGUUGCGAGCUGUGGCAGUACAUCAUAUAAAGAACAAGGGUGGUGGAUACAUCCAAAUCCCCCAUGAUCCUGAACCUGUCAAUGAAUUUUUUCAGCCGGAUCUGUUUCCGAUGAUCUAUCCUACCUUGUUUCUGUAUGGUUUAGGAGGGUUCGAAGACCACUUACGUUCUGAGCGUCUGUCUAUGAAGAGACAUGUUAAACAC